GAAGACGAAAAUAUUCAAGGCAUCAGCAACAACCCAUCGGCAUCCUGUAAAAGACAAACAUGGCCUAUUUACAGCUUCGCUCAGAGAAACCACACAUCAGAAUUGUGCUUGUUGGGAAAACUGGAGUUGGCAAGAGUGCAGUAGGAAAUACCAUUUUGGGAGAAAAAUGGUUUGAGUCUAAGCGUUCUUUCUCUUCAGUGACAACAAAAUGUCAGAAGCAAAGAACUCAGUUUGAUGGCCAGAAACUGGCCAUAAUUGAUAGUCCGGGCCUGUUUGACACCAUAAAGACACUUAGCGAGCUGGUUGAGGAGAUUGCUAAAUGCAUCUCUUUUGCUGCUCCUGGUCCCCAUGUGUUCCUGGUUGUGAUCAAACUGGACAGAUUCACAGAAGAAGAAAAGGAAACAGUGGAAAUCAUUAAGAAAGUGUUUGGAGAAGAAGCACAAAAAUAUACUAUUGCCUUGUUCACCUGUGGAGACCAGCUGAAGGAUGAUGGCGUAACCAUAGAAGAUUUAAUUUGUCAAAAUGAAUAUAUCAAUGAAUUCAUCAGUCAGUGCCAUGGAGGAUAUCAUGUUUUUGACAACAAAGACAAGGAUCCAUCUCAGGUUCGUGAGCUGCUGAAGAAGAUCAAUGGAAUGGUUCAGAGAAAUGGAAGAAACUUCUACACCAAUGACAUGUUCAAACAGGCUCAGCACGCCAAAGAAAAAAAAAUUGAGCAAAUUUACAGUGAAAGUCCAGAGAUGGAUGCUGACCAAGCAGAAGAACAGGCAGAAAGAGAGAAUUCAUUCAUUGAAGAUGUUUUGGAGUGUGCUGCUGGUGGAGCAGGUGUUGGAGGUGGUGUUGCAGCUGCUCCUGUAGCUGCAGUAGCUGCUGUGGUGGCUGCAGCUGGAGCUCUGGUGGGAACUCCUGUGGGGUUUCUUGUGGGAGUAGCUAGGGCAACAGGAAAAAAGGCAAAGAGGGCAUGCAUUACACAGUAGUAAUCUGUUUAUUAUUGUACAAUUGUACUAUUAGCUGAAGAUUAUUAAAGCUAAAACAUUGCAGACAGAUAAGAAAAUCAUAUUAAGAGUGUGUAUUUUCUGCCUUUCCUCGGAAUGUAUCAUCUUUAGCAGGUGAUUGCUUUCUGUUGAUUUUAGUAGCAUUUAUAUUUGGUAUUCCUAAUUCUUUCUCAUUGAACA